GAGGAAUUUCAAAGCAGAAAGACAAGGAUCGGUACGGAUAGGCACAGAAACGGAGAGGCAAGCGAGUGGGUUUAACAGCUAGCAAACGACAGAGCUAAUGGCGCGAUGAUUGUGUGAAAGACACACACACGGAGAGAGAGAGAGAGAGAGAGAGUGGUGUGUGUGUGGAAGUAAAAGGGACUGGCAACAUGUCAGCUCUGGUUAGAUAGCGAAACCCACAGCACUGCUGCUAUACACGGAAACUUUUAAGUAGAAAGGCAACGAGAGCGAGCGAGCGAAAGAAAGAAGCGGCGCCCUACCGAGCGACAGCUAUGCUGCUCAAGGAGUACCGAAUAUGCAUGCCGCUCACCGUGGACGAGUACAGAAUUGGCCAGCUGUACAUGAUCAGCAAACACAGCAUGGAGGAGAGCUCAGGCGGAGAAGGCAUCGAGGUGAUCCACAACGAGCCACACCAAGACCCUGUACACGGCACCGGGCAAUACACCGAGAAGAGAAUCUACAUCAGCAGCAAACUGCCUGCCUGGGUCCGUAGUUUUGUCCCGAAGAUAUUCUACAUCACCGAGAAAGCCUGGAACUACUACCCCUUCACUGUCACCGAAUACACAUGCUCUUUCUUGCCAAAGUUUCACAUCCAAAUUGAGACCAAAUUUGAAAGUAACCGUGGAGACAAUGCCAAUGUUUUUCAGGAUAAGCCCACUCCAUCCAGUGAUGUGGUCAGUCUCGACAUCGCCUUUGAUGAAGUUCCAGAACGGCAGUACAAAGAGUGUGAGGACCUACGGACGUUCCAUUCAGUGAAGACCGGACGAGGACCCUUGCAGAAGGAUUGGCAGGAGACCACGGAACCCAUCAUGUGCUCUUACAAGCGCGUCAAGGCAGCUUUCGAAGUGUACGGCUUUCAGGGCAGAGUAGAAAACUUUGUGCACAAGAACAUCAAGGACAUUCUGCUGACUGGACACCGGCAGGCUGUGGCCUGGAUUGACGAAUGGUUCGACAUGUCUCUAGAAGAUGUCCGGACGUUUGAGAAGGACCUUCAGCAGAAGACCAACAGCAAGGUCAAGUCACAGUCUAAAUCAGAAGUGGACGGUGCCCACCCCAAGCCCGGAAUACUGAAGCGGUCCAUGUCAGUAACAGACGAAGCCUCUCUGAAAAAGAUGGGGGUGCCGACGCCACCCUCGCCAAGCACCGACAACCCUCCUUGCGCAGCUCCGUCGCACCCACUGAGGCUGAACUCCACCCCAGAAUAGCCAGCUCUUUCAAGAGCCAAAUGGCAGAGACUCAGUGCCGUACUCUGGCAGUCCUCUACAGUGCACUCACUUGGCUUCUCCGCUCCUGGCACACUGUCGGUGCCCCUUUCUGGGUGUAGCGUACAGUGCCUGCUGCUGGAUGGUACGUUUUCUUAGUGAUCUGAGGUUACCCGCCCUCCUCCUACUCCUCUUCCUCCUCCUUCUCUGGUUGCGGCAUCAGCGGAGAUCAAGUCUGAUGGUUCUGGUCGGGGCCUCAGUGGGAACAGAUGGAUUUGUCCCUAAUGACGUCAUUUCCGUGGGUAGACUUUCACUUUUGUAGCAUUACUUUUUUUUUGAGGGAGAUGGGUGGGGGUUCCUUUGACCAUUUAUUUACUACUUUGUGAGAGUAAAUUAAGAUUUGAUUUGUUUAUUAUUUUUGUUAUUUGGGGAAUCUCUAGACACUCUCCCCUCCAUCUUGACUAGUUCAAAAUAAAUCUUUGUUUCUGACA